AGAUUUUUAUUAACUACUUCUUAAGUUUAGUUUAUUUCUUAAUUAAAAUGCAUUAAUUUAGGCAGCCAAAAACAGAACAGAGCUUGACUUGCUGGUUAUCAAACUGAAUUCAGUGAGGCUGAUAAGGGGAAGCAACAUCUGUUGUCGGCAGACCCUCGGAUCGGAUGGUCUGUUCAAAGGAACAAAAGACACGUCAUGCUAGCCACCUUUACAUAUUUUUUAAACAAACACUUGAAAAAACAAGAAGCUACUUCAAAUUAUAAGAAAAUUAACCAGAUACCACAUAUUUUCCCUGAUUUUUCCAAACAUUUUUCCCAGUGCCCUGAGAGAGAGGGAGAACUACCCCGAGAGACCCACCGAGAUAAGACCCUCUCGAAAGGCAUAUAACCCGAUCAUCGUUUCCAUUCCGAACUCAGUCAGCUGUUGAAAUUCAAAGACCAUGGAUCGUUGGCAGAAUCGCGUGGCCGUGAUAAGUGGCGCCAGCUCUGGCAUUGGAGCUGCCUGUGCCCGGAUUUUAGUAGCCGCAGGUCUGCAAGUUGUGGGCUUGGCACGCCGCGCAGAUCGCCUCGAGAAGCUUCGACAAUCCUUGCCAGCGGAGCAGAGAACCAGAUUUCAUCAGCAAACUUGCGAUGUGUCGCAGGAAUCGCAGGCUAACAAUGCCUUCGAAUGGAUCGAAAAGGAACUGGGCGGCAUUGAUGUUCUAGUCAAUAAUGCUGGCAUCGUUUUGGGUGGCCAACUGAUCGAUAUGCCCACCAAGGACAUAAGCAACAUCUUGCAAACGAAUCUCAUGGGCAGUAUUUACUGUACCAAGCUGGCCACUGGCAGUAUGAUACGCCGCCAAGUGCCUGGCCAUUUGAUCUUCGUGAAUAGUACAGCCGGAGUGGCUGGCUAUAAGCCAGAUCCGGCCGAGGAGAGCCUCAAUGCCUAUACACCUAGCAAAUUUGGCUUGACGGCCGUUCACGAGAUCUGCAGGCAGGAGUUGAUACAAAAAGGAUCCAAGAUCAAGACUACGAGCAUCAAUCCCGGCUGGGUGGCCACCGAAAUCGUGCCAGACGAAACAAAAGCCAAGCUGGGCGAGGUCAUUCUGCAAGCAGACGAUGUAGCCCAGGCUGUACUGUAUGCCCUAUCGACGCCGGCACACACACAGGUGGAGCAGAUAACGCUGCGGGCGGUGGGCGAGUACUUCUGAUAAAGGCAACUCCCCCCUCCCGAGAUCAAGCCAUCGACUUGCCAUAACAAUCAAAUGAAGGGGAACGACCUGCUAACUAACCACAACAUUCUAUAUAUAUAAACUUUCACCUCGUUCUCGUUACGUUUUACUUUUACUGUUAGUGUUAUGGCCAUUUGUUUAGCACUUUUCCACAUGCCAAAUAAAUAAUUCAGUUUUGUAAAUUAACAGCAA